CCACCAUAAAUACUCAGAGUACUCGAAGGAAACAAAGAACCAAAUCUUAAUUCUUAGAGACUAAGCAAACCGUCACAUCACAUCCCCAAAAAUUAAGUUAUCGAAAAAGGACAGUGAUGCCGGAGCCGGGAUCACGGUGGUGGACGGUGCCGGAGAUGGUCGGAAUUCUGUCAAACAGGAUCCAAAAGGAUGAACUCAAGCCAGGAGAUCACAUCUAUUCAUGGCGAAACGCGUACCUCUACGCUCAUCACGGUAUAUAUGUUGGCGAUGGUAUGGUCAUCCAUUUCACUCGAGGUGCAGGUCAAGAGGUUGGAACUGGAACAGUUUUAGACCGCUUCAUAUUCAGCUCAUCUCCUUCGCGCCCCUCUGACUCCCCAUGUCCAAGGUGUGGUGAUCAAUCAAAGGCCGAAGGUGUUAUGUCAUCAUGCCUUGAAUGUUUUCUUUAUGGGGGUGAACUCUAUCUUUUUCAGUAUGGUGUCUCCCCAGGCCUAUUUAUUGCUAAAACUCGAGGAGGAACAUGCACUCUUGCCCCUUCUGAUCCACCGGAGCACGUCCUGCACCGUGCGGAAUUUCUCCUUCAAAAUGGUUUUGGGGUAUACAACAUUUUCAAGAACAACUGUGAGGAUUUCGCUAUCUACUGCAAGACCGGUUUGCUAGUCUUUACAAAUAUCAGUGUAGGUCGGAGUGGGCAGGCAACAUCCUUUUUAGCUGCCACAACUGCUAUUGUUUCAUCACCACUGCGCUUUCUGACUACAAGCGUUUCUGGUCUAGCCGCUGUGGGUUAUGGGGUUUACUGUGUCAGCCGGUUUGUUUCUGAUAUUGGAGUACGUCGUGAUGUCACGAAGAUCCCUGUUGAGAGACUUGUUGUAUGCCCUGGCUCUCAAGAGUCUGAGCCUGCUACUACUGAUGCAUCAAAGGAAAGCCCUGGCUCUCAGGAGUCUGAGCCUGCUGCUGCUGCUGCAGAUACGUUAAAGGAAAAGGAGUCCUAGUUCUAUGUAAGUGGACUGCAUUUAUAUGGAAUUCAAGUAGGUUACUACAACAUAUUGUAUGUUGUAGGUGUUGAUGUUGUCAUUAAUUUUUAUGCCAUAGGUUUGGUUGGUAUUGAAACACUUGUCAUUUUAACAGGUAUUGUAUGUGCAUUCUUCCAUCAAAUGAAUGCCUUGAUGUGAUUGUAAAUUGUUUAUAGCAAUGUUCUAUGGUUUCAUAUGAA